CCAGGCUGCUUUAGAGCAUUCAUGAGGAUUUAAAAGUGACCACACAAGAUGGGGAGAAGGACAGAAAUUUCUAGUGAUUUUUUUUUUUUUUUUUAAAUCUGAUUCAAAUUUUUACUGGAAUUUGGUGACAUUUUUACCACGUUAUCUAAAAUCCAAUCCGUUCGUUUUCCUUAACCCUUGACCUUGUUUUGGUUGCAGACGAUUUAGAAGCUAUGGUGGCUGACACAAGAUACCCAAAAAGGUUUUUUCAAGAAUGGAGUCUACAAGUGAAUGUCUUUUUUUUCACGAACUUUUGCAUCUUUUUGAAAAGGAAUAACUAAAAGCCUGUCAUCGGGGACUGACAAACUUGUAUAGAUGGUGGAAAACGCUGUUAGGCAAGGGAAGACAACUUGAUGUGCCUCACAACAACACUUUCUCUACGUCGAUGGACAUAUAUCGAGACUACAUGCAUUCUACUUUGAUGAUGGAAGGCUCGACUUAUACUCCACUGACGAGGGUUCUGCAACAGGGCGGCACGGCGGUAGACGGCGCCAUCGCGGCCCUCCUGUGCACGGCCGUGGUCUUCCCUCAGAGCAUGGGGAUCGGCGGGGGCUCUGUCGUGACUGUUAGAAAUAAAACAGGUAAGGUGACAGUCUACAACUUCAGAGAGACCGUCCCUCAGAAAUUCAAAAGCAACUUGUUGGACGAUUGUCCUGACUCAUUUAAACAUACGCCAGGCAGUCAGUGGAUUGGCGUUCCUGGAGAGCUGAGGGGCUACGAGGCCCUUCACAAGCAAUACGGCAGGCUGCCGUGGUCCAAGCUCUUCGAGGAGCCUGUAAGACUCGCCAGGGAGGGCGUCCCGGUGCCUCCUCAUCUGGGGAAGAUUCUUUCCAUGCCCUCUGUGAAAAGCAGAGUACAACAUUCUUCGCUUUGUCAAGUUUUUUGCAAGAGCAACAGCAGUCUUCUGAAGACAGGAGACAUCAUGAAGUUUCCUCAACUUGCUGAGAGUAUGCAGAUCAUUGCCGAGAACGGAGCGGACGCCUUUUACACGGGACAGAUAGCUUUGGAUUUAGUACAUGACAUCCAAGCUGCAGGUGGGACAUUGGAUAUGGAUGAUCUGAGAUCCUACAAGGUAAGGGUGAUGGACGCAUGGACAGUUCCUCUAGGGGAAACCCUGAUGCACAUUCCUCCACCGCCUGCUGGUGGCGUCCUGCUUGCCUUUAUCCUCAAAAUAAUGCAAGGGUUCUCCUUCACACCACAUUCCCUUGAUGAGGACCAGAAAAUUCAGUUCUACCAUCAUUAUAUAGAGGCGGUCAAAUUUGCUAAUGGCCUGCGAAGAAACAUUUGUGAUCCUUUCUUCAACAGCCAUACGGGAGCAGACCUUCUGAUGGACCCGGCGUUCAUCGAUCACAUCAGAACUAUGAUUUCCCCCAACGGCACCAACCCGCCCUCAUACUACUCCGACGUGAGGGCGCCGCCCGAUCACACGGGAACGUCACAAGUGUCCGUGCUGGAUAAAGACGGACUGGCCGUCUCGGCCACUAGCACCAUAAACCAUUUAUUCGGAGGAGGUGUCUACUCCCCGCGAACAGGCAUCAUCCUUAAUAAUGAGCUGGCUGAUUUCUGCGGGAGAGCAAACACAUUGAAUCCUGGUGAGCAGCCUCCGUCCUCAAUGACACCAGCUAUACUGGAAUACAAGUCUGGAAGACUUCUUGUGAUCGGUGGAGCUGGAGGAAGCAUGAUCACAACCGCGGUCGCCUUGUCUGUAAUAAAUCACUUGUGGCUGGGGAUGAGUCUAAAGGAGGCCAUUGACGCUCCCAUUGUGUUUGUCGACUCCAAGAACAAAGUGAAUUUUCCUCCCGGGUUUGAUCAGUCUGUAAUCGACGGCCUCAGAGCUCUCGGACACGAGGUUGGACAAAUGGAAUAUUUUUUUAACGUCGUAAACGCUGUGGAGAAAGAGGACAGAUGCAUCGUGGCUGAAUCAGAUGCUAGGAAGAAGGGAAUGGCGGACGGAUAUUGACGUGGAAUGGAAACUAUUCUCACGUUGCCUUUAAGAUUUCUUAAGGGAUGCUGCCUGUACAGGUCAAUCUAAAAUUACAGCCAUUCCAGUUUAAAUAAUGUUCUGAAGUAUUUAAACUUUGACAGUUUAUUAAGACAAAUCUGUGAAUAUAUACAAAAAUCUUUAGUUUAAUAUUGGACUGAAAUAGCUGCAACAUAGUAUAUCCGUAAAGGAUAUAAAAUGGGGCAAACAAGUAUUUAGUCAACCACCAA